UAAAAUCAGUAUCAGUAGUAUUAUUCUAAGAAACAGUACUUCCAUUAGUAAAAAUGAAAUUCUUCGUAGCUGUUUUGUUCGCCGUCGUUGCUUUAGCUGCCGCCGAUGUAAGCCAUUUGGAUAGAUCAUAUUUGCCACCUCAUGGUGCUGCCAGCAGCACUCAUGAACAUUACGAAUCGGCUCCUUCUAGCUUUGGUUCUUCUUCGGGUUCAUUUAAAUCUGGCUCUAGCUUCUCUGCUCCUGAAUCUGCUUCUGAUAGCUCUAGCAGUUUCAGCAGCCGUAGUGGUUUCUCUUCCGAUUCCAGCUUCUCUGCUCCCGAAAGUGCUGCUUCCUUCACUUCUUCCAAAAAGUCCGAAUACAAGGCACCUGUUUCCAACUCCAUCGAUUCUGACUUCAGCUACUCGGCCCCUGAAAGUGCUGCAUCUACCUCCUCUUUCAAGACCACUGAAUACAAAGCACCCGCUUCGGGUUCCUUCAAAUCUGGCUCCAGCUCCUUCAAAUCCGACUCUAGCUUCUCUGCUCCCGAAAGUGCUGCUUCUUUCACCUCUUCCAAGACUACUGACUACAAGUCACCCUCAUCCAGUAGCUCCUUCAAAUCUAGCUCCAGCUACUCUGCCCCUGAAACUGCUUCCUCUUUCACCUCCAAGCAAUACUCUGCUCCCGACAGCUCUGACAGUUUCAGCAGCCGCAGUGGAUUCUCCUCCGAUUCCAGUUCUUUCAAUUCCGGUUCCAGCUUCUCUGCUCCUGAAUCAGCAGCUUCCCACUCUGCUCCCUCUUUCGCCGACUCCAGUUUCUCUGCUCCACACACUGCUGCCUCUGGUGUUGAUACCCAAUAUGCUGCCGAUGGUGGUUAUGUUUACUAAACUUGAAAAUCAAAAGUGACAAUAAAACAAUUUAAAAAUAUUGAUACAAAUAA